UGGAAGUAAGAACCAUGAAGAGGGCUACAAAUUUAAGUAUUGCAACCACCACAACAUUCUAUGUUCUUUGUGGGUGCAUAGGAUAUGGUGCAUUUGGAAAUUCAACACCAGGAAACUUACUCACAGCGUUUGAUAAACCAUUCUGGCUUGUUGAUAUUGCAAAUUUAGCAUUAAUUAUUCAACUGGUGGGAGCAUACCAAGUUUAUUCUCAACCCCUCUUUGCAUUUGUUGAAGAACGGACAACUAAAAAAUGGGAAAUAAUUGGAAAAGAAUACAAAGUUCAAAUCCCAUUUUUACCCUCAUACAACCUAAAUAUAUUUAGAAUAAUUUGGAGAUCAUUGUAUGUUGUGGUAAGCACUCUUAUAGCUAUGUUGAUUCCGUUCUUUAAUGACAUAUUAGGAGUGAUUGGGGCAUUAGGGUUUUGGCCCUUAUCAGUUUAUUUUCCAGUGGAAAUGUAUAUCAAACAGAAAAAGAUCCCAAAAUGGAGUGGGAGUUGGAUUCUUUUGCAAAGUUUGAGUAUGUUCUGUCUCCUGGUAACAUUUGCUGCACUUGUUGGGUCUAUAGUUGGUGUCUUAUUGGACCUUAAGACAUAUAAACCAUUCAGUGCAAGCUUGUAG